AUGAGUCCCGCGGCUGCUGGUAACUCUGGGCCUUCUGGCCAUGACCACCCAGCCUUUUCGUCCUCGUUCCGGUCCGGAUCUCCUCUUGCCGAGCAAGUUCUGGCUCAAGACAUUGCAGAGUGCACCGAUGACGACUUCGACCCUGCCGACGACCAGGUUGACGUUGAGCAUGGCCAUCACUUCAUGUAUCGACGGCCAAGCGGCGUGGCAUACGGGGCGGCUCGGCCUGCUUUCAACCCAAGCGCCUUGGACGAGCCCAUUCUGACACCACUCGAGCGGAAGCAAUCUCGCGAUGCCGAGCGCAGCCUCCUGCGGGACAACCACGUCCUGCCCCCGAAACAUGCCCACAAGAGCCAAUCGCUACCCGCUCGAAUGUACCGAAAGAUCUUCAGCACCAAAGUCCCCGUCGAGGAGUAUGAGGAAGAGCCUGAAGAGGAUGCGCCGCUGCUCUCUCGGGAUAGCGACUACGACUAUGGCACACGGACGCAUCGACAGCUGCCCGACUCCGCGGGCGAAGAGGAUGUGGAUGAGCAGUGGGAGGAGGCUAUAACGACGGGACGGAUUCGCACGACGUGGCGGCGUGAGGCCAAGACGGUGCUGUCAUACUGCGGGCCGCUGAUUGUGACCUUUUUUCUCCAAUAUUCGAUCAACGUGGCCGGCAUCUUUGCCGUUGGUCGCAUUGGUACCAUCGAGCUGGGAGCUAUAUCACUGGCCAACAUGUCGCAAGCCAUCUCCUGCUUGGCCCCCUUCCAGGGUUUGGCCACAAGUCUGGAUACCCUCUGCGCCCAGGCCUAUGGAUCCGGCCACAAGCAUCUUGUUGGCUUGCAGUGUCAGCGCAUGGCAUGCUUCCUGCUGACCCUCUCUGUGCCCGUCAUCUUCCUGUGGCUCUUUGGCGCGGGGCCAAUUCUGCAGCGCAUGGUGCCCGACCCGGAGUCUGCUCGACUUGCCGCUCUCUACCUCCGCGUCAUGAUCUUUGCGAUUCCCGGCGUCAUCCUGUUCGAGUGUGGUAAGCGCUUCACUCAGUCGCAGGGUCUCUUCCAGGCAACCACAUAUGUUCUCCUCUUCGCCGCCCCCUUCAACGUCUUCCUUACCUGGUUGCUCGUCUGGAAGCUCGAGUACGGCUUCGUUGGCGCGCCCAUUGCCGUGGCCAUUACCGAGAACAUCUUGCCUGUUCUCCUGUUUUGCUAUGUCCGGUUCGUCAACGGCCGCGAAUGCUGGGGCGGAUUUAGCAAGCGAGCACUUACCAACUGGUGGGUCAUGAUCCGGCUGGCGCUUCCCGGCAUGAUCAUGGUCGAAGCCGAGUGGCUCGCUUUCGAGAUCCUGACGCUGUUGGCCAGCCGCUUCGGAUCCGACUACCUCGCCGCCCAGAGUGUCGUUUCGACGAUUGCUUCCAUCUCAUACCAGAUUCCCUUCCCCAUGUCGAUCGCCGCGUCUACUCGCGUUGCCAACCUGAUAGGCGCUGGGCUUGUCGACGCGGCCAGAGUUACUGGCAAAGUGACUUUUGUUACGCACUGCAUACUCGGACUCCUCAACUUUGCCAUCUACAGCAGCCUUCGAUUCCACCUACCACUGCUCUUCACGGAUGAUGAGGGGGUCAUCUCCAUCGUGGCCAGCAUUCUGCCUGUUGUCGCUGUCAUGCAGGUAUUCGACUGCAUGAGCGCCGGUGCGCAUGGAUUGCUCCGUGGCAUCGGCAAACAGAGCAUAGGCGGACCAGUCAACCUCAUCUCAUACUACGUCGUCUCGCUGCCCAUUUCGCUCUCGUUGGCUUUUGGACUCGGCUGGAAAUUGCAGGGUCUAUGGGCCGGCGUCAGCGUGGGCUUGAUACUGGUCUCCUCGAUCGAGUACACUUACCUGCUGAAGACGGACUGGCACCAAGCAGCUCGAGAGGCUGCCGCCAGAAAUGCAGCGGGCUAG